AUUUGCAUUGCACAACUUUUAUACACUUUUUACAAAUGCGUGUAUUUACUUUUAUAUAAACAUAGUGAAUUAGGUUUUCUUAUAGUUUCCUAGUAAUAUUUAAAGCAAAUAUGCAGGACGAGCACCGAGCUGCGAUACAAAAAUGUUUCACCUCCUUAGUGGAACAGACUGACUUGGAAACAAUGGUGUCUGCCCUCUAUGAAAAGGGAGUGUUUUCUGAAGCCAUGAUCGAGCCAUAUAAAGACAUAAGCAGGGAGCCUAGACUGCGCAAACGCCAGCUUUACAUGGAUGUGAUGCGCCGAGGACCUAAUGCCUUCCGGCACCUGGUGGACGCACUGAUGGAGACGGGGGCUUGGAUAGUGGCUCGCGAACUGGAUCCAGAGUCACUACCAAUGCGCAGACCUGAGCGGCUGGCUCCUAACCCACGCCCCAAAUCAAAUGACAGCGAGUAUGUCAGUUUAAAAAUAGCAAAAAAAAUGGGAUCAGGAGGAACUAACACAAAUACUGAACCAAGGUCUUUGGCUGACUCCAUCCAGCUUGCACCUGCGACCUUAUGA